AUGCGGUUCGUAGCCUCUCUGUCGCACCGCAGUCUUGCCAGCCAGACUAACCGCUUGCGACAGGGCAAAACGACGACAACGGAGCGCAUGCUAUUUUACAGCGGCGUCACGUCCCGCGUCGGCGAUGUCGACUCCGGAAACACUGUCACCGACUUUCUCGAGCUCGAGCGCGAGCGCGGCAUCACCAUCCAGUCGGCCGCCAUCACGUUUCCCUGGCCGCGCAAGGAGCACUGUCCCCCAGGCACCAGCCCCACGACGGUCAACCUCAUCGACACGCCCGGCCAUCAGGAUUUCCGGUUCGAGGUCGACCGCUGCCUGCCGAUCCUCGAUGGUGCCGUCUGCAUCAUCGACUCAGUAAAAGGCGUCGAGGCGCACACGGAGCGCGUCUGGGGCUCGGCGCAUGAGUUCCGCAUCCCGCGCCUUGUCUACUGCAACAAGCUAGAUCGCGAGGGCGCCUCAUUCCGGAAGUCGGUGCUGGAAAUCGGCAGCCGUCUCAAGGGUUGGCCGCUCGUCUGCCAGAUUCCGUGGUGGGAGAAUGACGAGUUUGUCGGCGUCAUUGACAUUAUCGAUUCCGUCGGGUACCGAUACAGCGAUAAAAAGACAAUAAAAUAUGAGAAAGAGGAGCUGAUGAGAAAACUUUCGUCGUCCAAUGCCGAUCUUGUUCAAGAGGUAGGCGUCGCUCGACAGCACCUAAUUGAAGGCUUGGCCGAAUUCGACGACGUGAUUAUGGAAGAGUUCCUGGCCGAAAAUACAGAUAUCCCCUCUACAAUGAUAAAGGAAGCUCUGCGCAGGGCUAUUCAGAGUGGCGAUGGCCGUGCCAUCCCGGUCUUUGCUGGCUCAAGUUUUCGCCAUAUUGGAGUUGAACCUCUGAUGGAUGCCAUUGCCAGUUAUCUUCCGAAUCCAUCCGAGAGGCCUGACGUCAAUGUUCGCAUAAGCGGCGCGUCCCACAAACUAAGCAAUGCUCUCCAGGGUGACUCAAAACAAGCUGGUGCGAAGCAAAUUGCGUCAAUAUCAUCUGUUUUCAAGGUAUUUGAGCAUCCCAAGGAGGGCAUCAUCAGCUUCGUGCGAGUUUAUCAUGGUACUUUGGCUCGGAGUGCGGCCACGUUCAACACCAAUAUAGCAAUCAGCGAGAGCCCUAUGGGCAUUCUGCAAAUAUCAGCAGACAAGACGCAUGAUGUCCCGGAGCUAUCGGUCGGCCAGAUUGGUGCCCUUCGAGGAUUGAAAAAGGCUCGAACUGGAGAUACAUUGAUUACCACGACAAACAGCAAAGCUCCCCAUGCAGCUCUACGAACCUUGCAAGUCCGACCGCCAGAGAUUCCCCCUCCGGUCGCAUUUCUACAGGUUGAGCCAUAUGGCAAUGUGGCUGCACAUCAGUUACAAGUGGCACUAGAGAACGCGUCGCGGCAGGACCCGAGUUUACGAUGGAGUCGCGAUCCCAAGACGGAGCAGUUCACCGUGCAGGGCAUGGGUAAGCUUCAUCUGGACGUUUCUCUUCACAACAUGAGGCAAAAGCACAAGAUUGAUGCCGAAUUUGGGCCCAUCGAAGUCGACUACAAAGAAUGCCUCAUGGUGGCGGCGCAGCCGCAGAGGAUUGUGUUUGACAGGCCGGUCGCCAGCAAGGCUGGCAAAGUCACCUGCACCGUAACUCUAGAGCCGUUAGAGGCUCACCACCGCGAAACGCUGCAAGAGUCGUGCAUUGAGCGAGACGGAAACAUGUUUCACAUUGUGAUUCCGGACGAGCUUGCUGCAAACUUGGACUUGGACGAGGCCCACCAGCAGCUUCUCAACGGCGCCAUAGCCGGUCUCGCGCGCGGCCCGCGCCGCGCCGCGCCGCUUCACGGGUGCCUAGCGACCGUCGAGCUCGGCGCCUGCGAAUCACCCACUGGCGGCCACUUUAGCUCGGCGGCCCGCACGGCCGUGCAGGGCAGCCUGCGCAGCGCCUUUGACAAGGGCCAGGUCGGCGUCGUCGAGCCCAUCAUGCUGGUGCACAUUAUGUGCCCCGAGCAGGCUGCCGGCACGGUGCAGCACGACAUCUCCGCGGGCGCUGGCGGGCAGGUGCUCGAGGUGAAUGACCGGUCGGCGGGCUCGGGCGGUGCGGGUGGCGCCGGCGGCACCGGCGGCGAGGACGAUACGCCGCUGAUUGACGUGAGUCGCAUCUACGCGCCGCCAGACCCGUACGACUCGGUGACGUCGCUGCGCGGUAAGCGCUCGGCAGCGCGGAUGGUGGAGAUUGUGGCCAAGGUGCCGUACAAGGAGAUGCUCGACUAUGACGACCAUUUACGAAGCAAGACCUCGGGGCGGCACUCGAUGACCAUGACCUUUGACUCGUUCGCGCGCGUGGUCGGACACCGUGAAAAGGGACUGUAA